CGAGCGCCGCGGCCCCGCCCGCGGUCCGAUUCAGCACCCGGGGCCUGGAGACCCGAGAGCAGCAUCUCCCAGGGGCCUGGGCGCGCCCGCGAAGCAGGGGACAAAUGAGGACUAAAGGACUCGGGGAAAGGAAGCCCCCUGCAGAAGCCGUCGGAAUUCAAGACCCGCGGAAGUAGUCAAUCCACCCUCUUCACACUUGUGGCUGCAGGCACGGAGCUUUCUCCAUCCCCGGAGAGAUUCCUUCCCCAAAUGAAAAUAAUGAACUUUUGGAGGUAUUACUUUUUUGCUUUCACUGUGCUCAGUGUGAUUAUUUUUGUGAUCCUUUAUUGUAACAGCCAGUUAAACCUGCCAGAUAGUUACAGGAAGCUGAACAGUUCCAGUGAGAGUUAUUUUAGAAUACAUGCUUGUAAUUACGCCUUAGAAAACAAGGCCACCUUUUUGUGGAGAAAGACAUUGACAUCACCUUUGGGAAGUGUCCCUUGCAAGGACUAUCUGAUCCAGAAUCACUACAUCACCAGCCCCCUGUCGGCAGAGGAAUUUGAGUUUCCUUUGGCGUAUGUCAUGGUCGUCCAUAAGGACUUCGACACUUUUGAAAGGCUCUUCAGGGCUGUCUACAUGCCCCAGAACGUCUACUGUGUUCAUGUGGAUGAGAAAGCCCCAGCUGAGUUUAAGAAAUCUGUGUGGCAGUUACUGAGUUGCUUCCAAAAUGCUUUUAUUGCUUCAAAAAUAGAGCCUGUGGUCUACGCAGGAAUUUCCAGGCUCCAGGCUGACUUAAACUGCCUCAAAGACCUGGUAGCCUCGGAGGUUCCGUGGAAGUACUCCAUCAACACCUGUGGGCAAGAUUUCCCCCUGAAAACCAACAAGGAAAUAGUGCAGUAUCUGAAAGGAUUCAAGGGGAAAAACAUCACCCCGGGGGUGCUGCCUCCCCCUCACGCAAAGAAGCGGACUAAAUUUAUCUUCCGAGAGUACAUAGGCAGGGCUGGCUCUUUUGUGAAAAAUACCUAUAUUUUGAAAACCCCACCUCCACAUAAGCUGACCAUCUACUUUGGCACUGCCUAUGUGGCACUGACCAGAGAGUUUGUCCACUUUGUCCUGCAUGACAAAAGGGCCAUUGAUCUCCUACACUGGUCUAAAGACACCUAUAGUCCUGAUGAGCAUUUCUGGGUGACCCUUAAUAGGAUUCCAGGUGUCCCUGGCUCCAUGCCAAAUGCCUCAUGGAUGGGUAACCUCAGAGCCGUCAAGUGGAUUGACAUGGAAGACAAACACGGAGGCUGCCAUGGCCACUACAUACACGGCAUUUGUAUCUAUGGAAACGGAGACUUAAAGUGGUUGAUUAAUUCACCAAGCCUCUUUGCUAACAAGUUUGAGCUUACAACAUACCCCCUUACUGUGGAAUGCCUAGAACUGAGGCUUCGAGAAAGAACCCUAAAUCAGAGUGAAACGGCAAUACAGCCCAGCUGGUAUUUUUGAUCUGCUCCUGAUGGAAGGGAGAUUGCAGUUCGGAAGAAGAACUUUAUGAGACAACUUUGUCCUGGUUAUGUUAGCAGUUUCAGGACUGAGGUUAUGGCCUCAGGACCUGUCUACGUUAUUGUAUGUUAAAAUACCCACUGGGCACUGUGAAAUAGGCUGACAGGACGCCUGCACGGAGCGGGCCUGGCGCCUCAGCCACUCCGGCAGCUUCCUGACGCUCACUCCUGUAUCAGGCGAAUGUUCUGAUCAGUGAUAAAUUUAACUGCAUCAGAUCUUUGCAUCAGAUACUCAUCAUAUAUAAAUGUUCUUAUGAAAAGGAGAAUUGUAGGUAAUAGUACGUAGGAAAAUAAGAAGUGGGUGUCUCUGAAGAAAGAAUCUGUCAUAACAGAUCUAUAGUCAUGCCAUGGACACCACUCAUCUUUGCCUCAGCUGCACACAGGCAUAGAAACAGCUUUCUGGCACCUCACCAAUCUUUUUUUAAAACUUGAGCUUCCAGAAUUGAGAACUAAAUCUUGUUCCUGGUUCAACACUAGCAUUUUCAGUUUACCUUGUCUAAUAUUCUGUAUAGACUGUAAAGUCAUUAAUAGGAGGCAUGAUGUGCUUUAAGAUGCUUACUGGCUGUAGCUUCAGUAAAAGGAACCCAGGGAGAGAACACAUAUCUUGAUUAUAUGUCAGAACAUGCUGAGCCUCUUCCAUUGUUUUCCAUUGAGAACAUUGGAAAGUUCUUGCAGAAUGAAGAUACUCCUUGAAGAGAGGAGCUAUUGCAUAGGUCUAGUCUAAGUCUCUAACAUCACUGAAUGUAUCACUAUCCUCUUCUGUCACCACCCUCCACCCCCACCCAAGUUACCAGACUUGCAAGAUGGAGACCUAUCCUGUGAAGCUUUAAGGACUUCAGAGUAUUCUCUGAGGAGCUUGCAAUGCUUGGUGCUGGUAGGAGGGCUUAGAUUGUUAGGUGCUUUUAGUGCUUUAAGUGUGAGUGAGCAUCUCCGUUAUCUCUUGUUCUGUUCAUUCAUCCACUUUAUUCAUCCGAUUCCUUCACUCAUUCAAUUCAUUCAUUCCUCAUGCAGCCAGUAAAUAUUUCCUGAGUGUUUGUUAUGCACCAGACACAUGGUUGUGACAAGGAGAGAAAUUAAGACAGAUGCUUUCUCAUUCUGAUGAUCUUGGUAAUAAUGUUGGCUUGGAAAGGCUGUCCUUGAGAAUCUUACAGAGUAGUUGUAUUUUCACGCAUUCAUGUGCAGAGUUGUAGAUGACCAAGGAUAUCAGUAAUUACAAACUGAGGACUGAAUCUGAGAUCAUUCCAAAGAGAGAAGGGAGGGAGGAGACUGAAGCUAAAGCCUGUUGUGCUCUAAGCACCCAGCCAGUUCCUUUAUGUCUCUCUGCACUCAAACCUCACAACACUCUUGCAAGGCUUGUAGUGAUUACUUCCAUUUUGCAGAAGUAAGUGAGGCUCAACAGGUUGGUAAUAAACAUUAGAAAACAAGUUCUCUGUCUGAGAAUUGGGAUUCUCUUUAGUGGUCUCCUUAGUUUAUUUCCUGAGGCGGAAUAUUCCGAGAAGGUGAAAUAAAGCCAUAUUUAGGAUACUAGAGAAAAUAGGUGUUAAGAAUGAUCUCAGUGUUAAUAUUGAGAAAAUGUCCUGUCCCCUCAGAAAAAUGUGAAGUCCAGUUUUGGAUUCCUCUCAUCCAUUGAGUUCCUUAGUAUUUAUUUAUUCUUAUAAGAAACAGCUACUACAACUAAUGAUACAUUUAAUUAACACAAAAAAUGUUAUGAUUUCUUUCUGUAAUUUUUGCUUGUUGAAUGUUAAUCAUAUUUAAGAGGAUGACUGAAAAUAAGCCUCUUUUCCUGCUACUGAAAAAGACUGAACCGUAUUGGGUGGCCAAGGGUUGAAGGGCAGGGAACACACCCAGAACCAAUGUGGAGUCUAAAAAUCAUUUGUUUUCAACUUAAAAUGACACCACCUGAGAAGAAGAAAUAUUUUACACUGGAUCUUUCUCAUGUAGAAUGAGAAAUCUUUUGGAAUAGAAGAUGUUUACAUGUCCGCUGCUGGUCAUCUCUCCUGUGUCUUAAAUAGUUUAAUAUUGGAAAAGUGUAGUGUGUGGACCAGUGGGUGCCUGCUAGCCCAUGGGGAUGCUCUGUAACUACUGAAUCCGACUUUAUUUUCAAUGAUGUUCCAUGUUGUUUUCUUGGAAAUAAAUUAAUAUAUUAUUUUCCA